ACGCUGCAGUAACUCCAUCAGUAGUAAUACCACCAUCACCACUACCUUCGUUCUGCCAGCAGCUCCGUCAUCGGUAGCAAGCGAAAGAAUAAGGUCUUCCGUUCCGGCAUAAUAGUCGUGCGAGUUGGCAGACGCGCGACCGUGGAUUAUCUUUUUUCGAUUUUUAUAGCAUUCCCAAGAAAAACUUACAAGAACUUCGUGUUCAUACGUUUAGUGCUGUGAUCAAUUUCUUUACAUUUCGACGAAUAUGAAUGAAGAAUACGACGCGAUCGUGUUAGGCACUGGACUCAAGGAAUGCAUACUUUCAGGUAUGCUGUCGGUCAGUGGAAAGAAAGUGCUCCAUGUAGAUCGUAAUAAAUAUUACGGCGGUGAAUCUGCCUCGAUCACACCUCUGGAGGAUUUGUUUGCGAAAUUCAAAGCCCCCUCACCUGAUGAAACUUAUGGUCGUGGUCGCGAUUGGAAUGUAGAUUUGAUUCCAAAAUUCCUGAUGGCAAACGGCUUGUUGGUAAAACUUCUAAUUCACACAGGCGUGACGCGUUAUUUGGAAUUCAAAUGUGUUGAAGGAUCGUAUGUUUAUAAAUCGGGCAAGAUUUCGAAAGUGCCGAUUGAUCAACAGGAAGCACUAUCUAGUGAUUUAAUGGGUCUUUUCGAAAAAAGACGUUUUCGCAGUUUCCUUAUAUGGGUACAAAAUAUGCAAGAAGAUGAUCCCAGAACUUGGGAUGGUUUCGAUCCAUUUAAUAAUAGUAUGAGUGCUUUAUACAAUAAGUUUAAUCUCGAUAAAAACACUCAAGAUUUUACUGGGCAUGCACUAGGUCUUUACAGAGAUGAUGAAUAUAUAAGUCAAAGCGCAAUUACUACUAUAAGAAGAAUUAAAUUGUAUAGCGAUAGUUUAGCACGUUAUGGAAAAUCUCCAUAUUUGUAUCCUAUGUAUGGUUUGGGUGAACUUCCUCAAGGUUUUGCACGACUUAGUGCCAUUUAUGGCGGAACAUACAUGUUAGACAAACCGAUUGAUGAAAUUGUAAUGAAAGAUGGAAAGGUUGUUGGUGUACGUUCUGGCGACGAGGUGGCCCAAUGCAAACAAGUAUUUUGUGAUCCCACAUAUGUACCUGAUCGCGUGAAAAAAGUGGGUCAGGUCAUAAGAUGUAUUUGUCUUUUAGACCAUCCAAUACCAAAUACAGCAGAUGCUCUUUCAACACAAAUUAUUAUUCCUCAAAAACAAGUAAAAAAGAUUUAUCUUUCAUUUUCAUUGUGCAUCAAAAUAUUCAUUCAUUUCUCUAUUUAUUUCUUCUUAUAUUUAAGGUUAAUCGUAAUUCCGAUAUCUAUGUAUCUUUGAUAUCGCAUACGCAUCAAGUAGCAGCAAAGGGUUGGUUCAUAGCCAUGGUAUCCACUACAGUUGAGACGAAAAAUCCAGAAGCCGAAAUCAAACCAGGUUUGGAUUUACUCGGAUCAAUUAAACAAAAAUUCAUAUCAGUUUCUGAUUAUAUGGAACCAACAGACACUGGUCUGGAAAGUCAAAUUUUUAUAUCAACGAGUUAUGAUGCCACAACGCAUUUUGAAACUACUUGUUUAGAUGUUCUUGAUAUAUUUAAACGAGCUACUGGAGAGGAAUUCGAUUUUAAUAAAGUAAAGCAAGAUCUAGGCGAUGAAGAUCAGUAACCAUAAGAUAAUUAUUGGUCAGUUUUAAAAAUAGUUCAUGCUGAAUUGAAAAAACGAGCGAAUAUAAUUUAAUGUGUGUAUAUCGAUAACGUCGGCGUUUAUCGAAAUCUAGAAGGAGAUGCGAUCAAUUAAUAAAUUUAUGCCUAAUUCUCUAGAUUCUCUUUAACAGAGAAUUUCAAUAAGAAACGUUAUUAAAAAUUUAUUUUUCAAAUUUAUUCCAAUCUAAUUCUAAAAACUGCCCUUUUUACAUUAUGUCUAAAGUACACGUGUACAACCAUUUUCACAGAAAAUGAAAAUGUUAGAGCUUGUAACAUUUGUCAUUUGGAUAUUCGUCGAUAAAUUUUAACAAAACAAAUUUCAAAAUACAAGAUACUGUGUGGUUUAAGUGUGCCCAUGUAUUCAUCAUGGAUAUAACGUAAUUUGAAUAAAACAUGACAGAGCCGAUUAUCGUGACUUUAUAAAUGUAUCAUAUUUUAAUUAUCAAAUUAAAACAUAAGAAUAUAAUUGUUUAUUGAGAUUGUAAAUGUUAAAAAGUCCUAUAGUUAUAUUACUAAUUGCAGUAGUAAAAAUGCGUUACGACACGAGGUACAAGAUAGAGAUAAUUUAAAAAAAUAAAUUCUACACGCAAUUAUAUAAAUAGCAUGCCGCAGUAUAGAAUUAGAAAAUAUGUCAUAUUGAUUCUGCACAUUUAGUUAUGAUAAUUAUUAAUAUAAAUUUCAAACACAUACGUUAAAGAAUUCAAAGUACAUACGUAUAAAUUAAAGCGCUCGCAAAGAUUAAUUUGCUUGCAAUAGAAAAUAUUACAAAAAAUGGAUGUCAAAAUAAAAUGAAAGAAAAAAAAAGCGGCCAACCAUUUAAAUAUAUAUAUUGAAUAAAUAUAUUAUAUAUACAAUAUAUAUAUACUUUCUCAUUCUUAAAUAUGUUUGAAUGAGAAUAUAAAAAAAAAUGGAAUCGUUGAAAUGUUGUUAUUUUAUGUGAACUGAGAGCUGGAAUAUUUCUUUGUCUAAUAUUUACAAGAUCAUUAAUAUGAAUUUAAAAAACACAUUAAUAAAUUUAAAAAGAAUAAUUAUGUACAGAAUUAAAAUUACUUUAAAAAUUACUAUACGUGUGCACUUGCGUAUGCGUGAAUGUUUUGUUAUUGUGAUUGAUUGGCUAUUUUUCAGAAUUUCUUAUUUCGCUUGCAUUUCUCUUCAAACUGUAAGCGCACCAUGAAUUUGUAUUAUGUAUAAAAUUUAUUGAAAUUUAUUGAACAAAAAAAAAAGUAUGUGAUUUCCUAUUACUUUAUCUAAAACGUUAUUCACGUAACUGUAAUGUGACAGUCAUAAAAAAAAAAAAUAAAUCGUAUUAUAUUAAUUUCA